AUGCCGUGUGUCCAGACCCAGUGCGGCUCCUCUCCACAAGGUGCCUGCCCGGCCUCUCAGAGCGCCGGCGGAGAGCGAAGCUGUGACUUCCUUACCCCGGAGUUUGUCAAGUUCAGCAUGGAGCUUGCAAACAGUGAAAUCUCGGCUGCAACAUCGGGUCCCAGUUUUGGCCCUUUGAGUGACACAUUUGGCUCCGGCUACGACGUGAAGCCCCCGUGUCUCUUUCAAAUGCCAGUGCAAGGAGAGCUUCCGUGCGUCAAGGUCGAGGAUGCGCACGGCUGUCCGCGGUAUCAGCCGAAUCAGCAUCAUCAGUCCGAGGAGCUGCUCUCCUCCCCGGGCUCUGUUUAUUAUUACCGAUCUCCGUCGCCGCACGCCGCCAUCACAUCCAACUUCCAAACUCCACCGGGGCACAUAUGGGAGGACUCCGGCUCUCUGUACAGUUUUCGACAAGACUAUUUGACGGCGGCACACAGAAAAAACACACUAUCCAGAUUCUCGCUGAUAUCCUUCAAACACGCGCAACAACAGAGCUUGUCCACCUGCCAAAUGAAAUUUGACAGGUCUCUCCACGUGUCCAUGAACCUGGAUGCAGCUGGGGCGCACCAGCCGCUGGACAGCCCAGGGGUUUUGGGCUCCACUGCCAUCGGAAAGCAGCCCGGAGUGGGAUUUCCUCACCCUCUCCAGCUCGCCCACGGUCACCACUUUAUGGACUACCAGACUUCAUCCGCUGCCAGCCGAGGACCGCUUAGCACGGAGGGGCUGUGCGCAGUGUGCGGCGACAACGCAGCCUGCCAGCACUACGGAGUGCGCACUUGCGAAGGCUGCAAGGGUUUCUUCAAGCGCACAGUACAAAAAAAUGCCAAGUACGUGUGUUUGGCUGCUAAAAGCUGCCCUGUGGACAAACGCAGGAGGAACCGUUGCCAAUAUUGCCGCUUCCAGAAGUGCCUUGCAGUGGGAAUGGUCAAAGAAGUGGUCAGGACAGACAGCCUGAAAGGUCGAAGGGGUCGCCUGCCGUCCAAACCUAAAGCUGCUCCGGACUCGUCUUCAGCAGUUAGCACCCUUUUGAGCACCCUCAUCAGGGCACAUGUGGAAUCCAACCCACCACCUUCUCUCCUUGACUGCUUCAAGUUCAAGGAGAGUCCAGGAAGCCCGCUGAGAGACGACGCUCAGCAUGUGCGGCAGUUUUAUGACCUCCUGACCAGAUCGAUGGAGGUGAUUCGAGGUUGGUCACAGAAGAUCCCGGGCUUCAUCUCCCUGCCAAAACACGACCAAGACCUCCUCUUCUACUCUGCUUUCCUGGAGCUCUUUGUUUUACGAUUGUCAUACAGAUCCAAGCCAGAGGAAGGGAAGCUGAUCUUCUGUGAUGGCUCCGUGUGGCAUCGGCUCCAGUGCCUGCGGGGCUUUGGAGAGUGGAUUGACAGCAUUGUUGAAUUCUCUGCUAAUCUGCAGAGGAUGAACCUGGAUGUAUCCACCUUCUCCUGCAUAUGCACCCUCGCCCUGAUCACAGAGCGACACGGACUGAAGGAGCCGAAGAAGGUGGAGGAGCUGCAGAACAGCAUCCUCAAGUGCUUGAAGGAUGGCGACGGAGGCUCGGACUGCUGGUCCAACCAUCUGUCCAGACUCUUGGAAAAACUGCGUGAACUUCGCACUCUGUGCAUCCAAGGACUGCAGAGGAUUUUCUAUUUGAAGCUGGAGGAUUUGGUGCCGCCGCCUUCAGUAAUAGAUAAGUUAUUCCUCGACACGUUGCCAUUUUAGACACAACAGAAUACACAUGGGGGCGUUUUUCUCGGCGGUGGCGCAGUUGGACUUCCUCUGCUUGAAUCCCAGCGGUCCUUCCGGGCACUCCAACAUCUGUGCACUGCAUCCACACUUUUCAAAACCUAAUCCAGUGGUUAAAUCGCGUUUUCCUCAAAAUACGUGAAAACCGACGCAAAAACAAUUAACUUAAACAAUUGUGACCACUUGCCUGUAAUUUUCUCCUGAAUAUCAAGCGAUCUGAUGUGCAAAAUUUAACACUAUGACACGAUGAUGGGACGCGGGACUCAAAAUGAACAAUUUUAUUAUAUAGUCCUUUUUAUCUUAUUUGGCAGGUAAAGAGCCUGUUCCAGUUUUUUCCCUCUUCUCAGCCUGUAUAGGCAGUUUUGAUACGAGUGUGUCCCGUUUAGGUUUUUCUUAACAUAUUAGUGAUUAAUAUAAUAAUAUUCUAUAGACGGUUGUGUUCACAGAGUAAACUG